GGUCUUCCUCUGGUAACACUGACGUAAACAAAGUGCGGCAGAACGCACACUCAUGCAGGAUUGCAGAAUUUUUUAACGAAUUUCAUCAAAUUUGACUGGUGUUGCCUGUUAAAAUAACUUGUAGAGUUUUCAUCUAUCCUUCCGGCAUCCUGAAUCAGAAUGAAAGACGCUAAGCCUUUUCCCGUGCUGAAGAAUGAUAACCUGCUGCGUGCCGCACGUGGUGAAGUAGUCGACCGCGUGCCCGUGUGGGUGAUGCGACAAGCGGGACGGUACCUCCCUGAGUUCCAGGAGCUGCGUAAGCUACACGACUUCUUUACUGUAUGUCGUACUCCAGAACUGGCCUGCGAAGUGACCAUGCAGCCACUGCGCCGCUUCGACCUGGACGCCUCAAUCAUCUUCUCGGACAUUUUGGUCAUUCCGCAGGCACUCGGCCUUACUGUUGAGAUGCACGCAGGAGUAGGUCCAGUCCUGCCACAACCUAUUGUGAUACCAGAGGACCUGAAACGCCUUACACCCGAUGGCGCCCUGUCCCGUCUUGGAUAUGUGGGCGACGCCAUCACCAUGAUGCGGCACAAGUUGGAGGGCAGAGUGCCUCUUAUUGGCUUCACAGGAGCGCCUUGGACCCUUAUGGGCUACAUGAUCGAGGGGGGCGGCAGUAAGACUAUGUCCAAGGCUAAGGCUUGGCUCAACGAUUAUCCAGAGGAUUCAAAGCUGUUCCUUAGUCUUCUGACUGAUACUAUUGUGGACUAUUUGGAGAUGCAGGUAAAGGCUGGCGCUCAAAUGCUCCAAGUUUUUGAGUCCUCCGCGGAGCACCUUUCAAAGGAACAGUUCCUGCAAUGGGGAGCGCCCUUCCUAAAAAGGAUACGCGAUGAGUUGGUAGAUCGUCUCACCAAGAAGGCUAUUCCCCUGGUCCCAAUGACAUUGUUUGCUAAGGGUGCGGGACACUCGCUGAAGGAGCAGAGCGAACUGGGCUACGAUGUCAUCGGACUUGACUGGACUGUGGAUCCUGUUGAAGCACGCAAUGUGGUUGGACCGAACAUUACGCUGCAGGGCAACCUGGAUCCCCAAGACAUGUAUCGUGAUCCUGAAGAGCUGCGCAACUUGACCACCGAGAUGGUCCACAAGUUUGGCAAGUCGCGCUACAUCGCCAAUCUGGGACACGGUAUCACGCCCCAGACUCCGAUUACGAGCAUGGAGGUACUGGUGGAGGCUGUGCACAAAGCUUUAUAAGCGGCGGCUCUCUUUAUCCUAUUAUUUAAAAAUUCAUUUAUCGAAUGCAAUAAAGACAAAUGGCCUUGGGUUUAGGGUAA